AUGAUUUCAGACGACGACCUCUACAGACUUGCGAUUGUCCUUGGAUCAAUUGCAAUGCUGCUCAUAAUUGUCUACCACUGGCUCGAGGUCAACUCCAUCGAAGACGCUGAAGAUGUCAAGGUCCGCAACUCAACGCAGGCGGAGGUGACAUCUGGUUCGAUAGGAAGGUGA